UCAUGACUAGGGCAAAACGUGCUGUUUUACUUCCUGUUGUCGAGCUUUUGGUUGCUUCAGUUCUGUAAUUGACUGAAUGAUAUGAUGGCAAUACUGACAAACUGCCGAGCUGCUUUAGUGUAGUAUACAAUAACAAUAAUCAAAAACCAAUCGAACAUCUUCCCAAAGGGCCGUGUGCAACUGUGCACAUGCGUUUGAGAUUGGUGCCAUGAAGGUAAAGGUGAUUUCUAUUUUGGAGGACAACUACAUGUAUCUGGUCAUAGAGGAGGAGAGUAAACUGGCUCUGGCAGUGGAUCCAGCUGUCCCCCACAGGCUACUAGAAAUUGUGAAGAGGGAGGGCUUGACUCUGACAGCUGUUCUCACUACACAUCAUCACUGGGACCAUGCCAGAGGAAAUGAAGCUCUUGUGAAAGAGAUUCCAGAUCUGAAGGUAUAUGGAGGAGAUGACCGUAUCGGUGGUCUCACAGAUAAAGUGUCCAACACUCAGGAACUCAAGUUCAGCUCUAUUAAUGUCAGGUGCCUCUUCACUCCCUGCCAUACCUCUGGUCAUAUGUGUUACUUUGUCUGGGAGGAUGAGUGCACUGAUGCCCCAGCAGUGUUUACAGGAGAUACGCUGUUUAUUGGAGGGUGUGGACGUUUCUGUGAAGGAACAGCUGAGCAAAUGUAUCAUAACUUAACACAAGUGCUGGGUUCUCUUCCACAGAAUACGAAAGUCUUUUGUGGGCAUGAAUACACCAUAAAGAAUUUGAAGUUUGCCAUGUUAGUGGAGCCCGAAAAUGAGAAAGUCAAAGAAAUGUUGAGCUGGGCCAGGGCAAGAGAUGAUGAUGACAAACCCACUGUGCCUUCAACUCUAAUGGAUGAAUUUGAUUAUAACCCUUUUCUCCGUCUUUCAGAGGAGGGAGUGCAAAAGUUCACAGGAAAGACAGAUCCCAUAGAGGUUUUGAGGGUUCUGCGCAAGGAGAAAGACAAUUUUAAAAAGCCAAAGGAAAGAUUGCCUCCUCAUGCAAUGUUGGCUUUGGAGUGGGGACUUCUCAGACCUUGACAAAUACUUUAAUGACUUUAAAUAGCAAUAUAAUUUAUGAUCUGAUUCAGCAAGACACAAACCUGUGGACAAGUGCUGUGCUGUCAUUUUUCUAACCACUCGAAGGGUUGUGUGCAACUAUUGUCAUCUUGUAAAUUACAUUUAUAAGAUGCUUAUAUGAAUUAUUGAGAUUGGUCCCCCACGUCUGUCUAAAAUGAUCAAGAUGAUUCUUAUAAGAUACACAUAUUUUGAUUUGUUAUUUGAUGUAAACCAUGUUUUCAGUACGUAUUCAUUUUACCCAAUGUAUUUGUUGUCUAUUGAAGUUAACAGAUUUCUUUUAUGUAUUAAAAUUACACCACUUGUGUAAAUUAUA